CAGAAUCCAUUAUACAUCUCUAAAUUACUGUCCCCCCUUUUUAUAUACGAAAACUUGAAGAUUAAUUUCGUACAAUAAUGUAUAGUUGAUGGUAUAGAUAUAGAUAUAAUGUCAAGAUGAAAAAUAAGAUGCUACCGAAAAAAAGUUGCACGAAACAAGCAGCCUUUGCUAAACAGAUAUUAAAUUUAUCAAAUUCUUCCUUCAAGAAACAGGGUAUUCCUAGAAACGGCACGAGUAAACGAUUCUCGGUAGAUAAAGUUCAAAGUAUUGCAAGGCAAUCCAUCGAUACUGAAUCUUCCUUCAUUAUGAAAUACGAAAGCGGAGUAGACGGAAGUCAAAAUAAAAGUUUUGCUAUAUUAGACGAUAUUUGGACAUCAAAUACGACCAUGGAUCAUAAUAAUCGAUAUAAAUUUAAUGACGACAAUCAUGUUAAGACAAAAAUAAAUUCAAGAAAUAACCGAUUAAAAUUACACGCAUCGGAAAACAGAGUUGAUACAAGUAAAUUUCAUGAUGGAAAAUUCAGAAGAAAAGAAAAAUUAGAAAAACUUUCUUCAACAACCGUGAAAUCAUUCAAACAGAAUUUAUCUGAAAGAAUGGCAUCCAAUGAUACAAUUUAUUUGUAUGAAAAUCAGAUUUCCAAGUGCGUUAUUAAGUAAUUUAAAUAAAUUCAGCUAAAAGUAACGUGUAAAAUCCCACGUAUAAUACAGUUAUUAAUUUAAAUAACUCUUUUGCGAUUAACAAAUAUUGU